AUGAUGUGCCCCGGCCAUCCCCAAGAUUUCAGUUCAAGGGUGAUCAAAACAAAACGGGCAUGGGCUCAGUCCCUUUUGGCCUUCAUUACUCCUCCCUUCCUCGCCCCCUCGACCUCUUCAGCGAGCCCCGCCUCUUCCUCAUUCUCCUCGUCGCUCCUCAUUACUCUCGCAAUCACCUUUGCAAUGCUGGAGACGAACCAAUACAACAUGUCUCAGGAACUCUCACACAACGACGUCGAUAGGACGGGCUACCCAGAAAUGUGUGCUAAAAACGACAUCAUUCCCGCCCUAAUCGCAGCAGCUGCACAACAAUAUGCUCCGGCCGCAUCAUCACCAUUAAACCCGACCUGCUGCAGCGACAGGGAGUCGAGGAGACAGAGCCGUCGUUCUACAAGACUCAGACCAGCAAGAAGGAAGACCACGGAGACACCCACCGAACGACUACUACGUCGGAAGGCUGCCAUUGCGUAUGAGCGCACGACAGCCUGCUCAUCCCCCACUCAAAACGCCAGCACGGUGAUCUGUACCAAGAUCUGCGAUUCAUCGGCAAAGGGGUCGAGCUUGGCUAUCACCACGGUGGAGACACCGCCGACAGUGCACGAGACUGGGACGAUGUUCCGAGUGGUCAAGGUCGGCGACGUUCGGCAUGGCUGGCUCUCCGAUGUGGAAAGACAGGCGGCAAGCGACUUCUCCCUGCUACAGCAAGAAUCAUCCGCCCGGCACCGGCUCCAGAUAGUCCUGAUCUUGAGUCUCUUGAGCGUGUGCUCAACCUUUCUCACCAUCGUUGGGCUCGAUUCACUGAGAGGUCACUACCUUGCGCGUCAGAUUUGA